ACUAAUAAAGCAAAAAGGCCCAAAUAUAUCUAGAGAGAGAGAGAGAGAGAGAGAGAGAGAGAGAGGGUUUUGCAUUUGCAUUUGCGUUUGCAUCGGAGAGAUGAUGGACGAGCAAGAAUUCAAGCGCCUCCUAGAUCUCUUCCCUCUCGUCCGAUCCCGCGACUACUGCGCUGAUGAAGAUUCUUCAGGACAGUCAACCUCUCGGUCAGCAAGAGAUAGCUUGGUGAAGGAAUUGCGAGGUGCAUCGGCUGAGGUCGAGGACAGUGAACCAAGGAAUGUAGGGGAACAGUCUGAUGCAUUCUGGGGGAAGCUACUAUUGGCUGCUGAGAGGAAGGUGGGCGCUGCUGAGGCGGAGCGGUUUUGCGAAGCUUUUCGACAAGUUCAUAGGAAACUGGUGUUCGAAGAACUGACGUUGGAUGCUGCCCAGAAAUUCAUAAACUCGUCAAGGAGUCCGGGUGAAUAGCUCCUUUCCGGAUUGUUCUCAUUUAGAUCCGGUCCUUGUACUCAAAAGUUGUUAAAGUUUCCUUCUUUAUCUUCAGCUUAGCUGUUCUUGCUUACAAUCAUUUCCCAAACUCGUGGAGCGGAAAAAGCAUAGUUUAAUUGAAGGUAGGCCACUGCACAUUGAACAGAUA